UAUAUUGUAUUAGAUAGAGGUUCAUAUUUUCAGAUCGUGGAAAGACGAACGUUUUAAAUGCAAAAAUCUCUAGCGACCAUUCGGAUGAAGACCUUGCACAUCUACGUCAUGAUGACGUCAUAGAGAAACGUCGUCGUGAAAGAAAAUCAAGACGGUGGUCUGUGGCGCCCAUCUGUACUUCCGAUACAGAGUUUGGUAAAUUUGUGUCCGGUGCCAGCACUGUAACAUUAGAAGAAGAAGCGACGACCAGUCAUCGCUCUAGUACAAGAAGGCACAGUCAACCAAGUCGUGGAAGCAGAACAUCUAAUGAACGGACUCGGUCUCAUCGAAGAUCUAAAAGAAAAAUGCGUCAUAUUGACAUUAUACCUAGUGACAGUCUUGCACAGGAUAACCAGGAUAAUAAGAUAAGACUGAAAUCUUCAAGAAGAAGGUCAUCUACCAAUGAUGCUAAAAAUUUGGAAGUAGUUGCCACUGAAACUGUGGAAAAUGCAAGCAGUGUGCGUAGACAUGGUAGACGGAGAUCCAAACAUAGGGAGAGAAAAUCCGAGGAUUUAGACUUUCUGGACGAAUGCAUAGAUCUUAAUGUGGACAUGGAUCCAUUCGAUGAAGCUGUUGAAAGCAAGGCUACUUCAUACAACGCCGAAUCGUCAUCUUUAGCUCUCCAAGGGAAACUAAAUCGACGAAAUACCAAAACAAGGAAAACAGACUUUGCUAAUGGUUGGAUUCAACUCAAAUCAAACAGUGAUGGCUCAGUAGUAACAACCAAAGGUCGCAAAACUUCUAGAAGGGAUUCUGAUGUCAUAGAGGACGAUGUGACGUAUGACUUACCUUCUGUUGUCUGCACGAAUAGCCAGACCAGAGCUGAGAUGCACAUGUCUGAUGGAGGAAGAAACACGACUGUGGUUUUGCCCAAACAGAAUGUAAGAGUACCAGAAAUAGUUACGAUACCCACACAACCAAUAAACUGUCAAAAAUCCGACAGUUUUGACGUCGCCUCAGAAGAAAGCUUGGAUAAUAAAAUAAGUAACACAAAAGUUAAAGAGCAGACGGUAUGCUUGAGUGUUGGAUAUUGUUCUUCACAGACAGUAAAAUCUUCACAAAACUACAGAAAUCCACCAAACAGCAGCAGGGACUCGAUAUCAAUUGAUAUUCCAGAUUUUCCAGAUAUAUCAGAGGAAAAUUCAAUUGCUGAGCUAAACUCAGAUGAACAAUUUGACAUUGAUAGUGGGCAAAAGUCUACAGAGCCUCGUGUGAGGCGGCAAAGUAGUUUAGUUUUAAAAUGGUUGUCACGUCAGACUUCAAGCUUAACAGAAAGUAAACUGUCAACAUUGGAAAAGACAGACGAAGCUGUAGAAAAACCUCGACUGCCAGUGAGGCCAAUACCUACUGGGAGAAAUCAAAUUCUGCUAUCAGAGAAUGAAAGCUUGGUUGGUGGAGAUGAUGUUGAUAUACCAAGUGGGCUGACACAUUCUGUUGAUGAAAUAGAAGAGAAUGUAAACAACGGCACUCAAAAAAUCGGAACUCCAAAGCAAAGAAAAAUUGAAAUCUUCGAUAUAAAAUGUGAUUCUCAGAAUGAAAUAUUUACUUUGGACCGUGGUUCCGCAUCCGAAAACUUUAACAAUCAUCAUACUCCGGAAAUAAAGAACAAUAAAAUAAGUAUACCAAGCAGUAUUACGUUGUUAAAAUGUUGCAGUACAGCUGGAAGCGAUCUUUUUGGUAGAAGUUCAACAAUUCCUUCACAAAAUUCCGUUCUACAAACUGUUGAUGAUACGGACUUAGAAAACUCUAUAAAUAUACCAUCUCCAAAAAACUCUAUACUUCCUUUGUUCCGGUGUAAAACUGUCAUACCAACUCUUCCACAGAAAGAUUAUUUAAAGCCAGAUGAAAUCAAAAGGCCCAAGUCCUGGCAAGCAAACUGUUUAUUGAAUAAUCCAUUUCCCAAAAAAAUGUGCGUAGAUAUGUCGAAAAUACUGCGGAAUUCGGUUGGCGACUGUUUUUCAAAAGUUGGCAGUAGCAACAACGUUAAAUCUUUACCUCCGCCAAUCUCGUUUCAAAAUAGAAGAGAUUGCAUUGGAUAUAUUAAUAAGACAAUAAGCCAUGAAAUCAAAGUGAAAGAAGCAUCACCACUGCCUGUAAUGGACCUUGAGGAAAAUUUUGAAAUGUCAACGACAGAAAUGCCUUCCACCUCUACGCCUGUAACCGUUAAUUACGAUGAAAUAAGUGUGAACAAGGAUAACAUAGGUUCUAUGUUUAAUCCUACAAUGAGCAGGGAUGCGCUUGCUAUUGACGGUGCCUCACGAGACGACACGAACCAUCUACCAGCAGAACCUUAUAAAACAAACGAAACAGUUUAUGAACUUUUUAACCAAAGUUGUCCCAACUGCUGGUCAUUUGAUACAACUGUACCAUGGUAUAUGUGGAAUGGUAAAGGACUUGGUUGGAAGGUGUUGAUGUCGCCGUUGUUAUUACUGGUCGGUCCGUUUGUUUGGGUGGCAUCGAUCCUUCAUUUAACAACUCGGUUAAAAUCUUGCUGGGUGAACUGCUGGCGAUGCGACCACGAACAAUAUUGGUUCAGCUGCAAGGGAAAAGGCGGUGGUUGGAUAUGUUUACUGAUUCCACUGUACGUGUUUCUUGGUCCUCUUAUAAUUAUCUUUACUGUACUUACUGUUAUAUUACUUGCUUGCUGUGGAGAAUCCAAGACUUCAAAUGAAACUAAACCCACUGAGCGCCACAGAAGAACACCAGGCCAUGUAAGAGUGCCGGCAGCUUUUACUGAGUAUCGCUCAUCUAAUGCUCCAGGUCGCUAAGGAGCUGCCUAUAGAACAAAGAAAUUUCAAAUGCGUUACUUUUGAGUUAUUACCUCAUUAUUUUGUGCACGUAUAAAAGUAGGUUGUCGUUUAUUGCAGAGAUUAAAUGAAUUGUUAUAGCUUUUA